AUGACUGAUAAUGGGUUUUCUCCGUCGAUUGUGACUUAUAACGCUCUGAUCAACGGACAUUGUGUUGCUGGGAAGAUGGAAGAUGCGAUAGCUGUUCUCGGUGAUAUGAAGGAGGAACUCUACGCGAGAGAACGGUUUGUUUGCUGGGAAUCUGAUGAUGUUCAUUAUGUUUUCGCUGGAAAUGCUCAGUCUAUAACGAGGAAUAGAUGGAUUCAUCAUACAUCGUUUCUAUGGGAUUACAGUGAGAGUAACAUAAGCCGCCUUCAAGAGUUCCUCAGUACAGGCUGGAAAGAGACCACACAGAUUUCGUUUGUAGAAUGAAGGAUUAUAUUGAAAGAUCGGUGUUUAUAGAGAAAACCAUAAAGGCGGUGAGAACACAGUUCGUGUUAAAGGAAGUGAAAUUGGAUGAGAUCGAUGAUUCUUGUAGAGAGCAUUUAGAGAUCACUAGACUCCUCACAAUGGAUGAGCUUAAAGAAACUUUGGCAAACACAACUCCGAGUUAGAGUAUCUCUCAAGCUCUUUAAGUGUUUUGAAACUUUUGGGAUUGUUGAACUGCUUUUAGCUUUGUACUUAGGAUUCAGUUUUGGAAUGAAAGAUCAGAGAGUUCUUGCAAUAAAUGUGUACUGGUGGUUUGGUAAUCUUCUGAAAACCGAAAAUUCGAGAAAUGGAAGAACAAGCUCUUGAUUUUCUUUCA